UCUCAGUGCUUUUGAGCCAGUGCGUUGUUACACGUUGCGCGGAACAGUUCUAUUCGCGAUUCGGUUGUUGAGAGCGUCUUUCUAAUUUCGCACAUACAAACCGGUUCAAUUCACAUUUGCGAAUUAAGGUAUUGCUAUAAAGUGCAUUAUCAUCGCUGAAUGAAAUGAUAUAGUGCUGAACUAGUUUACCGUUUAUCAAUUUUGCUAGUGAUUUGAACUUAUAAUUAAUACGCUACUGGUGCAUUGAACGAUAGUUCUACGUGAUCUCCGCGAAAACAACGUAAGCAGAGGCAGUGAACUUGAACCUGAGUGGCUGUCGGAGUUAAUUCUUUGAGUAAAAUUAUCUCGUGCAGAAUUGUAAAAUCUUCUCAGAGACAACCGUGUCGGAUUACGCACAGUGUUCUUGCGUGUUCGAAAAUCUAAAAAUAAAGUUCAAAGCCGAUACCUACAAAAUAGGAAGUACGAAAAAUACAUCAUACAAACAGAGAACUGGCAGUGGCAUCUGGAACGGUGUUGGCUUAUCUAUCCACGCUGAUUGAACGCUGCUAGGCAUCAUGGCGCGCACUGAUAUUGGAACAAUUGCAAAGGUCGCCGCACCUCGGAUGAUAUUGUUUCUGAUCACUGUCGUCUUGUACUUUUCACUGAUUGGUCUCACCGAACGACGAACCAUCGAAUCCACCGUUUUGAAAUGUCUACCCAUCGUCAGUUUAUGGGUCUUCGUCCUGCUGACGGGAUUUGAACUUAAGAAAAGCCACCGCUACAAGCACCUGAUCCUGGUGGGAUUGAUAUUUUCCUGCUCUGGAGAUAUACUACUCAACUAUGACCUCUUCGAGGCCGGUAUGGCCGGUUUCGGUGUGGCUCAAAUCUUCUACAUAUCAGCUUUCGGAUUCCAGCCGGUACGACCAUGGUUUGGCCUGCCUCUCUACGGGCUAGGUGCUGCAGCAGUGGCCCUUAUGUUCCACAACUUGCCAACGAUCAUCAAGAUUUGUCUUCCAAUCUAUGGCAUCCUGCUAUUGACCAUGUGCUGGCGGUCGCUGGCCAGAAUUGAUUCAGCUAAGAAUAUCUUUCGAAUGGCCUGCGGUCUCGGAAGCGUGUUGUUCGUUAUAUCCGACAGUAUUAUUGCGUUCGACAAAUUCUACUCUCCGGUGAGCAAUGCACAAUUCGCCAUCAUGAUAACCUACUACGUGGCCCAGUUUGGAAUUGCGCUGAGCGUCAUCGAACAGACAAGCCCUGUAAAAACUGCCAAAUCCCCAACACCCAAGAAAAGCCAAAAUGGUAUAAAACAGAAGAAAAUUUCCUAAGGAGUAAAGCAUAACGACUAGUUGCGCCAUCUAUAAGCAUGAUCAUUCUGUUCCCAUUCAUUUGGAAGCAUGCCCAUACAGACACACAUUAACACACACGUGAACACAUACACUCACAUAUGUGAAGUUAUCGGUAAGUGGUGUAGUUCGAUCCAUUAGUUUAUGUAUAUUAGGGUAAUUAAAAAGAAUUUUUUACUUUUGACUUGUAAUUUUCCUGCCAAAAAUGGCAUUAAUUUGGGAAGACACUCAAAAACUAAUUAAAAAAUAUCUUAUUAUCAAUGUGGUUCAAAACCGAUUUUUAAUUCACCCUAAUAUUCAUCGUACAGUUAAAAUAACCAACUAAAUAAUUAUUGUUUUUCUCCUCUUCUUCGAACGUAGAUGAAAUGGAAAAUGGAGUUGAACCAUUGUAAAACUAAAAUCACCUGUUGAACGUGUAGUUUUGAUUAAACAAAACAAAGAACAAAAUCAUAGACUGUGAUCUAUUAUCUUCCCUCGAACAUUGAGGAUCCUCUAAUACCACCACCAAAAUUUGAAUGUUUGCAAUGUAAAAUAGAUUACGAGAUAAUCUUGUACAGAGGUUUCCAAAUACGACUAGAAACAUAACAGAAACAAAGACAUAAUGCGUAAAAAAACAAUGCAGUUUUAAAUAUUCUUAGAUGUAAACCCAAGUAAUGAAAAGUAUCCAACUAACUUUAUGAUUAUCAAUCGAAACUGUAGACAAAAGAGACUGUAAAUGUUGUUUAGAGGUUACAUUGUUUUACCGUUGAAGAAUUAAUAUAUAUGACAAUGAUGUUCCUGAAUGUAAA